GGCAACAUAGGCAAGUGGCGCAUCCAGUUGUUCGGAACAAUAUUGCUAUUUUCAGCGAUUAGACUUGUUAGGCUAGUUGAUAGAAGAUGUUAAGCGAGAAGAAAUGUGUGGCUAGAAGAGCCCUUGCUACGUCACUGCGGAGCCCCGUGACACACAUCCAUGAGCCGAAAUAUAACGGUACAUUUCUUGGUGACCUACUCUUCGCCUCUGGACGCGCUCUCUCUUCCUCCUUUCUUCUCGAGCCUCCUCUCCUCUCCCUCCAACUCUGUCGGUCAACCGCACGAGUCGAACGCGAUCGCGUAUACACGCAAAGGACACUUGCCGCUGUAUAAGUACUUUUACCAGUUUUGCCAACGCACGCGACGCCGGCUGAUUACACGCUCAGUAAUGAAAGCGUCCUCCUCGCGCGCGGAGGUGCUGUCAUGUAGCCUCUGUCCUUUUUUUACGCUAGUGAAAACGCUAUUGUGGGCGAAAAGUUCGUGCCAUGUUCUCUUUUCCUACAUAGAAAACGCUGCACCCAUGUUUUCUAUCAAUGGCCGUGUAACCUAUAGUGCCAUUUUUUUCUUUCUUCCAAUUUUUUCGCGAUCGUGAUCCGUAUACAACGACAAUUCUAGCGGAUAUUUCUUUCUCGUCGAAACGUUGCUGCAGUGUUUCUGAGCGUAAGAAAAGAAGAAACGUUUUACGAACUUUUCGUCCUUUGCAACAGAUUCCUGUCGAUUAACAGUGUGAAAUACUCGGACCUAAACGGGUUGCAGGUCCAAAUUGUGGAUUAAACGUAAAUCAAACGCGAGUUAUGAAUGUGAUCGUGCAUUUCGUCUUUCAGGUGAUCGUAUAUCAGCUUGUAACAUGUCAAGGAGGUGGUGGACCAAGCACUUUCGGAUACGACGCGUCCUCGGCUUGCAGUAAACCAUAUUCUCGGGCUGGUCGUGCCCGAUUGUCGAAUCUUCCUUGUGAUUUUCGACGGCAAAACUGGUGCACGAUAGCUGGUAGCUCUUAUCCUUGGCAUGCAGUUCGUCGUUUUGUACAAGAAAAUCAAGGAUUAAUGAGACGCAUGUACGGUGACGAAAGACAUAUUAACGUAUUAAGAGCAGAAUUUGAGAGAAAUGACAUAGAAUUAAAAUAUGAUGACUAUUAUCACCAUUUUUCAGAUGAUCAUAGAAAAUAUCAAUACGUUCACGAUUACGAAUAUUUCGAGGCGGAUGAUGAUAUAAAAUUGAACAACGAAUUCAAGGACGAGGGACGAGGUUUUACGAGUAGAUCAUUCAACGAUAACGUUGCAAAACGAUUAAACAAAUUUCCAAAAUUAAGCGAAUACACAAGACCUCAUUUUCGACCAACCGAGAAAACCUCAACUGUUUCGACUUCAACGACUACAACAACCACUACUGCGCCACCUACAACUACCACUUCAUCUACCAAGGAAAAUUCAUCAACAAUAUCCUCGACGACUGUUUCGACCACUCGUGAAUCAACUACGAAAAAUACUCCUUCGAUGAUAAGUUUGGUAAAUAGCACAAACGAAGAGAAGAAAAACUCGUCAGACGAGAUAACAACAUCGCCUACAGUGACGAGUUCUUACACGGUGAAAGAGCAAAAUUUCAGUAUCAAUGAAAUUUCCGAACAAAUAGACAGAAUAGAUGAAGUUGUCGAAGAAGCUGGCGAAGUCGUAGAAGUUUCUGAAUCUAACAUAGAGGAAACAACGACGAUGAAUUUUCCCGGUACGACCGAAUUAUCGGAUGAACUCGAUGGUAGCGAAGAUUUAUUCGCCACACCGAAAGAGACGACCGUUCAAGAGGAGGAGACAUCCAACUCGAACGAGCAACAAGAGUUCAGGCCACGACCGGAAUAUCGACCCAAUAAGCCGGAAGUUUCGACUAUGGAAGGCCAGCUGUAUCAGGAUGUCGCGGCGAAAGAUCAACAGGAACAACCGGUUCUCAAGCUUCGAGGAGUGAAUGCUUGUCCUGUAAAGGAGGAAGUGGUUGCACCAUUUUGGGCGAAUAAUACACGAGGAGAGGUAUUGGCGCUUUUGAAUCUUUAUCCCUUCGAGCAAUACGUUCAUUGGGAAAAAUGCACGCAUGAGAACAAGCAGAUGUACUGUCGAGAUGGAUGCAGAUGCGAGCAACAAUAUCGACUUCAUCGGUUAUUAGCUUAUGACCCAAACAACGAAUGCCGUGGUAUUUUCAGCGACUGGUUUAAAUUUCCAAGUUGCUGCGUUUGCCGUUGUUACGAUUUGCCUCUUGAAUUUCGCGUAACAUCACGCUCUCCUCGCACUCAAAAGCAACGAAUUAAAGUACAAUCGCCUCGAUACACGUAAAGAAACUAAUUUUUUGGUCGAUAUGAAAGAAAUUCUCUUAAUUUCAUAUACUGAAAAACGUGAAAUACGUAAAUGUUUUGUUUUUAUAAUUUAUUAUUUGGAUUAAUGGAUAUAAUAAAAUUGAAUCUUAAAUUUAAUUUAAGAACGGAGAAAAAUUAUUGUAUUAAUUUAUGAAUUUUUAAAAUUUACGAAUUUUUAAAAACUGAAUGGCUCCAGCCUAGUCAAGAAAUUUAGUCUUCGUUAUUUUAUUAUAACAAGGAAGAAAUUCUGUUUGAUAGAAUCCAUUUGCCAUAGCCAUUUAUAGCGUUAUAUUUUUCGAAAUAUAUUUUGUAAAUAUAAAUAAUAAGAUGAAAAAAAUUAUUCAUGAAAAGAAGUAUAUAUACGAUAUAUUGUUUUGUUAGUAAACUGGUGCCUCGAUUGUUAUAAAUGUCAAUUUAUAUUAUCAUUUUUUCGAUAAAUAUUAAGUUAUUUAUAUGUUUGUAUAGAUAUUUACACAUACAAGUCAAAAAUUGACUUAAACAAUCAUAAUCGACAAACGUGUAAAAUCAGAAAGAAUAUUAUUGUUAAUACUAUAUAAAAUAAACAUUUUUAUAAUUAAAAAUUUUAAUGAAAUAUAAUAUUUAUAUUUUGAUUCUGUUUUCACUUCACGUUUUUCUUUACAGAAUAAUAUUGUAUUUUCAUACUUUAGGACUUGCGUAUAUAAUGUUGUUAAAUAUUUUUUACAAAUAAUCACAAAUGAAUAAGGCUCGUGAAUGAAACUAUAUUAUAAGCCAUAUCUUUGUUGCAUUUAUUCUAUAUGAUUUUAUUAUUUACAUUUGUAACAUGUAAAUCUCGGUAAUGGAUCAUUACUUAUAUAUUUUGUAACACUAAACCAUAUUAUAUACUUAUUCAUAAUGUUAAUAACCAUAAGAGUAUAAUUAUUUAUUAUAUAUGUAAGAAUGCGAAUUUUUAUAUGUUUUGUACUAAAAGAAUAUUGUGAAAAUGAUCAAAUAACUGCCACUGUUAUAUUAUAUGGAAUUUUUGUUAUUAUAUUAUUAAAAAAGUGAAAAUUAUAAAA